AUGGCCUCCAAUGACCCCCAUCUUCUAGGCUUCAUGCUGUUGUGUAGUAAUCAGUUCUUUGAAAACAUAAACCUCUUGUACAUGAAUGAUGAACAGUUCUCACGUUUCAAGCAUCUGAUCUCAAGUAGCAAGGUUCUUGAUACACUUCAUCGAAUAGAAAUUCCAGAUUCAGCAAACAUGUCUUCUGCGCAGUGGACUGUCUCUCAUGGAGAAGAAUUGCUCGAUGAUGAAUUUAUCCAGUUGCGAAUUCCACACACAGAAGGGCUGGAGACUAUACUUUUUGUCCUGUUCUUGGCCUUCUAUGCCUGCACCCUGCUGGGAAAUGUGUCUGUCCUCAUGGCUGUUCUUUCUUCCACUCGCCUUCACACGCCCAUGUAUUUUUUCCUGGGGAACUUGUCUGUGUUUGACAUGAGUUUCUCUUCUGUGACCUGUCCCAAAAUGCUGCUGUACCUCAUGGGACUGGCCCCCCUCAUUUCCUAUAAGAACUGUGUCUUGCAGCUCUUCUUCUAUUUCCUUGGCAGCACUGAAUGCUUCUUGUAUACCGUGAUGGCCUAUGACCACUUUGCUGCUAUCUGUUACCCUCUGCGGUACAUAGCCAUCAUGAACCCUAGAAUCUGUGGGGCCCUGGUUGUGGGCACAUGGCUGUUAGGGUGUAUCUAUUCCAGCAUCUUGACUUUUCUCACCUUCACUUUGCCAUACUGCGGUCCCAAUGAAGUGGAUCAGUUCUUUGAUAUUCCAGCACUCUUGCCGUUGGCCUGUGCUGAUACAUCUUCAGCUCAGAGGGUGAAUUUCACCAACGUUGGCCUGGUAUCACUCUUCUGCUGUCUCCUAAUCCUUCUAUUCCACACUCCCAUCACCAUCUCCAUCUUGCGUAUUCUUUCAACUGAGGGCCACCUCCGGGCCUUUUCCACUUGCAGUGCCCACCUCAUCGCCAUCCUUUGUGUCUAUGGGCCCAUCAUCACCGUCUAUCUGCAGCCCACUCUGAACCCCAUGCUGGGAACUGUGGUUCAAAUUCUGAUGAAUCUGGUUGGACCAAUGCUGAACCCUUUAAUCUAUACCUUGAGGAAUAAGGAAGUUAAAACAGCCCUAAAUUUUUUUUUGCACAGGACAAACCACGUUCCUGAGAGCAGCAACAGGAAACUAAUACAGCUGGUAUGUCUCUCAAGUUCACAACUGAUUCGGAAGCUUCCCUGGGACUCCGCUCUCCUGGGCAAAGUUCUGAGAGCUAGGUUCCGAGGGCCCUAUGGACUGAUAAGCUCUUAUGAAUCUGUCAGCCUUGCAGAGAAUAUUGGCAUGUCAGACUCGAAGCACACAAGAGGACAAAAGCCCUAG